AUGAGAAGUACUCACUGUGAAGCAGAGGUAAAUGAAUGUCUUUCAAAUCCCUGCUUCAACAAAGCUACCUGUGAAGAUCAGGUUGCAGGUUUCCAUUGCAAGUGCUUGCCUGGAUUUAUUGGUGCUCUGUGCGAAAAAAACAUUAAUGAAUGUCUCAGUAGACCUUGUAAAAACGGAGCCGCAUGCAAAGAUGGAAUCAAUGGUUAUAGGUGUCACUGUGUUACAGGAUAUACAGGGCCCCAAUGUGAAGUGAACAUUAAUGAAUGUGAAUCCAAUCCCUGUGAAAAUCAAGGAACCUGUAUGGAUGCCUUGAACUCGUACGUUUGUAAAUGUCCUCCUGGCUUUACAGGCAGCCGUUGUGAAACAGAGCAGUCUUCUGGAUUUAACUUGGAUUUUGAAGUCUCUGGAAUUUAUGGCUACGUUUUGCUUGAUGGUGUCCUCCCCUCACUCAAUGAGAUCACAUGUGCCUUUUGGAUGAAAUCUUCCGAUACUACAAAUUAUGGGACUCCAAUCUCUUAUGCAGUGGAAAAUGGAAGUGACAAUGCAUUCUUGAUUACAGAUUACAAUGGGUGGGUACUGUAUGUUAAUGGGAAGGAAAGCAUUACAGAUUGCCCUUCUGUGAAUGAUGGCAAUUGGCAUCAUAUUGCUGUGACUUGGGCAAGUGGAGACGGAGCCUGGGGAGUGUACAUCGAUGGGAAAUUGUCUGAUGGAGGGAGUGGCUUAUCUGUGGGAACAGAAAUCCCUGGUGGAGGUGCAUUAGUACUGGGACAGGAGCAAGAUCAAAGAGGAGAAGGCUUUAAUCCAGCUGAGUCUUUUGUUGGCUCAAUUAGCCAGCUGAACAUUUGGGGUUAUGCUCUGCCUCCUGAACAGGUGAAGUCCUUGGCUACAUCUUGUCCAGAGAAUCUCCAGAAAGGCAACGUAUUAGCUUGGCCGGAUUUUCUUCCUGGGGUUGUUGGAAGAGUGAAGAUAGAUCCCAGGAGCAUAUUCUGUGCUGAUUGCCAACCUUUAGAAGGAUCCAUUCCCCACCUGAAAACUUCAUCAGCUACUUUAAAGCCAGGAUCAAAAAUCUUUCUCUACUGUGAUACCGGUUUCCACAUAGUGGGAAAUUCUGUCUUACAUUGUCUAAAUUUAGGACAGUGGGCACAACCUCUUCCACAUUGUGAAAGAAUUAGUUGUGGAGAACCUCCACCUUUAGAACAUGGAUUUUAUUCGGCUGAGGAUUUCUUUGCUGGAAGCUCUGUAACCUACCAGUGCAACAGUGGUUAUUACUUGUUGGGAGACUCAAGGAUGCUGUGUACAGACAAUGGAAGCUGGAACAUUAUUUCACCAUCUUGCCUUGAUGUUGAUGAAUGUGCAGUUGGUUCAGACUGUGACUCCCAUGCUUCUUGCCUUAAUACAAAUGGAUCCUACAUAUGUACCUGCAUUCACCCAUAUACAGGAGACGGCAAGAAAUGUGCAGAACCCGUAAAAUGCAAACACCCAGAAGAUCCUGAACAUGGUCGCUCGCAUGGAGUCAGCUACACUGUUGGUAGCGAAAUCAGGUUUUCAUGUGAAAAGGGCUACCAGCUAAAAGGAGCGAGUCAAGUUACAUGUUUGGAAUCUGGGGAAUGGAGCCAUCUGAUACCAUUCUGCGAAGCUAUUUCCUGUGGUAUUCCACCCCAUCCUAAAAAUGGUGCAAUCGAUGGCUCCAGAUUUACAUUUGGUAGUAGAGUAAUGUUCAGAUGUGAAGAAGGAUACGUUUUAGUGGGUGAAGCAGAAGCAACUUGUCUAGCGAAUGGCAGAUGGAACCAUUCUUCUCCGUUUUGUGAAUUAGUACAAUGUUCCCUCCCAAAAGAAAUAAAGAAUGGAAAAUAUAUUGCAAACGGUGUAAUGUACCUUUCUAAUGUAUCUUACACGUGUGACAUGGGGUACAGUCUGCAAGGACCAUCUGUACUUGUAUGUGAAGCUUUAGGUAACUGGAGCAGCUCACCUCCAGAUUGUGAAAUCGUUUCUUGUGGCCUUCCUCCAGUAAUUAAAGAUGCUGUUGUUACUGGAAACAACUUUACCUUUGGGAAUACAGUCACUUAUACGUGCAUAAGAUGUGAAGCCCCUCCAACAGUACAAAAUGCAUUUUCCAUAGCCACAGAAAAUAUGUACAGAAGUAAUAUAUAUUUUGUAUGCAAUUUCGGGUAUCACUUACGUGGACUGGAGAACAUCACCUGCUUGGCCAAUGGAUCCUGGAGUCAACCCCUUCCAACAUGUGAAGAAACCAGAUGUGAAGAUCCAGAUUUGAUUGAGAAUGGAAACGUUGUCUCUGAAAAUAAUACAGUUGGCAGCAGAACUGCGUAUUACUGCAAUAGGGGUUAUAGUUUGGAAGGCGAACAGAUUGCAGAAUGCACAGAAGCUGGAAUAUGGAGCCACCCAACACCUUCAUGCAAACCAAAUCCGUGCCCUGUACCUAUUAUAAUCCCAGAAAAUGCCAUUCUCUCAGAAACAACUUUUUAUGUUGGGCAAGAGGUGUUUAUCAAAUGCAGAGAAGGCUAUCAGCUUCAGGGACAAUCUGUGAUUAGCUGUAAUCCUGAUGAGGUCUGGACUCCAACCAAAGCUAAAUGUGAGAGGAUCUCUUGUGGGCCACCUGCUCAUGUAGAACAUGCUUUGGUACGUGGAACAUUUUAUCAAUAUGGAGAUAUGGUGACCUACUCAUGCUACAGUGGAUACAUGCUAGAGGGCUCCCUUCGAAGUGUCUGCUUAGAAAACGGAACCUGGGCGGGAACCCCAGCUUGCAAAGCUGUUUGCCGGUUCCCAUGUCAGAAUGGGGGUGUUUGUGAGAGGCCAAAUGUUUGUUCCUGUCUUGAGGGUUGGAUGGGACGCCUCUGUGAAGAGCCCAUCUGCAUCCUGCAUUGUCUGAAUGGAGGUCGAUGUGUGGCCCCUUACCAAUGUGAUUGCCCAACUGGAUGGACUGGCUCACGCUGCCAUCAAGCUGUUUGCCACUCUCCAUGCUUAAAUGGUGGGAAAUGUAUACGACCAAACCGAUGCCAUUGUACUUCACCAUGGACUGGACAUGACUGCUCUAGAAAGCGGAAAUCUGGAUUCCACCACUUUUAAUUUAAGAGCAAAAGCUACGAAGACUCUGAUUCCAAUCCAGUGGAUUUUGGUACUACAGUCACUGUAAAAUCAAAUAUAGUGGAUUUUUUAAAAACUGUUCUGAAUUUAUUAUUAUUAUAUUUUUCUUAAACGUUUAAUUUUGAAUGGAAGCAUCUGUAUGGGUUUUUUUUUCUCUUGCAGAAAGAUACAUGCUAAAAAAUGUUGCUGCUGUCAAACACACAAAUGUACAAAUUUUAUUCGCUGAAAGAGAAAACCUUACAGUCUUUCAUUUUAUGGGUGCAAAACUCUUAUGUUUAAGUUGUAUUCCAUGGCCAAAAAAGAUGCUUGCAUUGGGUAUGAAACUUAAUUAAACUCAUAUUUCCUUUCCCCUCCCACCUCAUGUAAGUGAUGUAACAUAAGUAAAAAUGUAAGUGAAUGCAUUAGACUUAAGAACUAUGAUUUCUCGGUCUUGAGUCGAACCUUCUUAUACUUGGGUCUCUUCUCUGUUAUUGGAUCCACUAUUGAAAGCAAUGCAGAAAUAGAGAGAGGAAAGUUAACACAUGGAAAAGGGGGAAAUUCAGUCUUUCCAUCAUGAUCUCUUUAUAUGCUAACGUACCCGAUAUCCUUUAUAAGUAAAUGAGAUGAAUAAUAAAUGAUUGUCAUGUUAGAUUUGUUUGGUCUAACAUACCUCCUGCAAACCAUUUGUCUAUUUCAUUAUAGUAAUUGCAAGAUGGAAAAUAUUUAGCUACUGUUGUUUGAUGGAACAAAUUUGAAUCUAGAGCUUCAAGCAUUCCAAAUGGUUUAAAGUUGGUAAAUAAGAAUAUUCUGUUUUCAAAAUAAAUAUGAAUAUAUGAAGGCCACCAAUCCCUCCACUCAUGCUAAGAAAAUACUUCGGGUAUUUUUCCAUGGCUUAGAAGGCUGUUGCUUAAUAGGGAGCUCUCAAUAUGGAAUUCUUCCAGGUUUGAUAAGAAUACUAAUAAAUCGGAGAGCCAAUCCAUGUUUUCUUCUAUGUAGGCCAGUGAGUGGGCUAUCUGUGAAGGAAAAAGAAUCAGAAAGGGAGGAAAUACGUCAGUAGAGACUUAACUGCCUACAAAAAUGUGUUGCUGGCCGCUAAAAUCAAGCCUGUUUACUGGGAAAGUACUUGUUAUUUUAUCAUGGAUAAAUAUUUAAAAUAUACAUGGAUUUGGUGAAUGAUUAGCGCUUAGUUCAAACCAAGUAAAACGGUAGUUGCCUUUCCCAUGGAAAAAAAGUAAAAAUCCAGAUUUUGUGUUUUUGAUAUUAUUUGCUAGAAUGCAUCACUUGUCAAAACAGGAAAAAUAGCCUCCAGUUUCCAUUGAAAUUAAUAAGCAGCUGUUACUUAUCCUGGAUUUAAAAUAUAAGACUGUUUUAAAAUAACAUUCCUCAACAUAUUCAUUUCUCAGGAAAAGAACUGCUGAGUCCCAAUUGAAAGGCAGCAUGGUAUCUACAGUAAUACAAAAAGGCUGUGGUUAAACACUGUAAUAAUUAUAUCCAGAGACAUCCACCAGAAUAAUUUAGUUGCUGCGAAGGUAAAAAGUAGGAAGGACUACUUUUGUGUCCUUAAAACUAAUGUGUUUGUUCCUUACUGCAUUACUUUCCUGUAAGACAGUUCAUACAUAUUACAAUGGAUGCAUCUAUAUUAGCCCUUUUCCCCCCACAAAUGGAACCUUAUAUUUUUGAAGCAAUUCUCUUUAUCUUUCCCUGCUUGAUUAUAGCAAUUUUAUUUUGGGCUUCAGAUCAGGUUGAAAGUUAUUCUUUCCGAAAGCAAAAACUAAAGGGUGGACAUAACAUUAAAUGUGUAUAUGGGAAUAGCAUGAUUAAUUUUCUGUGGAGGAAAGUUUCCUGAGAGGUUUGAUAAUGACUGUCUGAAAUAAUAGAUUUGAAAAGAGAAUGCCUUUUUCCUCAUUUCUCCCCAUCUCCUUGUCUUGCAUUAUUUGCUAUAUUGCACUUGCUGGUUUCUUUUUAUUUAGCAUAGAGGACUCUUGCUGAUAGAGACAGAACACUCCGAAUUAGCAAUCUACCUCCAAGGGGAACUCUAUGACCUAGAGGUGGAGUUCUCACCUCACCAUCAGGAGUUUGUGAGUUCAAUCCUAGGUAGAGCCUAGAGCCGUAGGGUCUUCUGCUUGGGCAGGGGGUUGGACUAGAUGACCUGCAAGAUCCCUUGUGAAUCUGUUAAAAUCUGGUUGCACCAACAUACAUUUUUCUUCACAACAGCGUGGAGGAGAUGUGCAAUUGCCCUCUGGGAUUUUGUUAGAGAGACUUGAAAUUUUUAAAUGUUCUCCCAUCCAAAUACUAGCCAUGCCCAACUCUGCUUGGCUUAAGAACCCAGAGUGUAUCAACUAUGGAACACAAUGCAAAAAUAAAUAUUAUGAAAAGAUUAAAGCAAAGCAUAUCUAGCCUCCAGUGAAAGACAUAUGUCAGAUACUGUGGGGCUUUGUGGUUUGAAUGAUAUGGUUAGAAACAGUAGUUUGCAUAUAUUGAGUUUUUGGGAGCCACAAUUCCUGCUUAAAUUGUUCAGAUUGCACACUUUUCUAUUGUUUCGCAAACACUGCAAACUGAAACAUCUGCAGAUCUUUAGAGAUGAGGAAAAUGUGAUUAAUUUGUAUCUGUAGCAUACUACAUAUAUUUAUAAAUACUAUGCCACCCUAUUAUAAUUUGUUCUGUGGACAGGGGUUAGCCCAGUGUGUAGAUUCAACACUGUAAUUCCACUUCCAGUUUAUUGAGGAAGCUGCAUUACAGUAUAGAAGUGAGUAAUUGUAGCUUGUAUGGUCACACUAUUUAUCCAUGUCUUUCCCUUCUUGGGCAUGCUUGCAUAUGUUUAUAAUUUGACACUCAAGUUCUUAUGAAGGAUUUUAGUCAUUUAGAAGGAAUAAACAGACCUAUUUUUUUUCUCCUAAGCAUUUUCCAAAUUAAAAGGAAAAUUGAAAUAUAUGUUCAGUUUUAAUCAGGAAGCAAAACCUCUGAGAGACAGCAAUUUGCUUGCUAGCACAACAGCAGUUAGUAAAUAAAUCCAUCCAUAUCUUUCUAAUAAGAAAUUGGGUUGGGCUUUUUCCACUCAUUCUAAGGGCAUGUAUUACUAAAACUGAAAUACAUUCUAUCUUAUACAAGCUCUUCCAGAAAAUAUAGCAAUAACAUUUUCAGUGGCUGGCUUAUCUUCCUAAUGAUCUUUAAGAGGCUUCCAAUUCUACAUUACUUUUUAAUAGAUGCAGCUCAUUCUUAGAAAUCCAUUUCACCAGGCCUACUCCCAGGGGGGCAGAUCCUGAGUUAAUUAUGUAUAAGAUUUCAGCUAUAAGACAAUCUUCAUAAAAUGGGAAAAGAACUCUAAAAUAAAUUAACCGUCCUCGUGGUACCUUUUUCUUUGCAAGAUUCCUUCUUUUCCUAUUUAUUCACACACACCAGAUGAAUGGCUAUACUUUGAGCCAAAAUGUUUGUAUGGCAAAUGAUAAAAGAUAACAUACAAUAAUAAAAUAAGAUUGCUUAUUUUCAGCACUAGCAGUUCAUACAUUUUCCCCGUUUAUUUGGAUUAAUAAAGAAGGUGCAAACUCUGACCUAAAAAGGAUGCACAAGAUGUAGGUCUGCUAGAAGGAAGUGUGAUGCCUGAAAGGAAAAAGAUGGAGAGUCAAAAUUAGGUUGUUGUUCUUAUUAUUACAUCUGUAGAAGAAUCAUCAUUGCUUUUUUAAAAAAACUACGGUUUAAACCCAUAAAAUAUAUUGUAAUUUAUGUUACCACCUGUCUUGUGUUUCAACAAUUUCUGUGUGAUGCACUUUACAUUGUAAAUAAAGUUGCACCCAUUUAGU